AUGGGCGAAGGAGAAGACGGCGACAAGGACACCCGGAGGAAGAGUAUUAGGAUGAAACCCUUGCCGUCACCAACCUCCAGAGGAAGCUUCAAAGGCAUCGGGGAGACCAGAAGUGGGGACACAGUGAUCAUGGAGACGGACAUUGGGAGACCAACGAAGACCAGUUUAAACGGAGAUUGUCGGAGAUUUCGUGGCAGUCUCUCCUCCAUCACCAGUCGGCAUGUGCACGACUCAGACUCGGCGGAGGAGAGGCACCUCAUCACAGAGGGGGACGUCACCCCGAGCGAGGAGAGCCCUCCCGGAGCUAUUGGCGGUGCGGCGGACCAAGGUGCGCAAGGCGCCAGCGGUGGUGGUGCUGGUGGUGCCCAACAUGCUUCUCUUGACCAGGAAUCAGGGUUCAUAAAGUUGGAUGGCAUUGAUCAAAUUUCCCCGGACGACGAGAGAUUGUACCAGGCAGGAUUCAUACACAGGCAGUUUGGGGCAAUGCUGCAACCGGGGGUCAACAAGUUCUCCCUGAGGAUGUUUGGGAGCGAAAAGGCAGUGGAACGGGAACAGGAGCGGGUUAAAUCCGCCGGAUUUUGGAUAAUUCAUCCUUACAGUGAUUUCAGGUUCUACUGGGACCUGACCAUGCUGCUGCUGAUGGUGGGGAACCUGAUCGUCAUCCCGGUGGGCAUCACCUUCUUCAAAGACGAACACACGCCCCCCUGGAUCAUCUUCAACGUGAUCUCAGACACCUUCUUCCUCAUGGACCUGGUGCUCAACUUCCGCACCGGCAUCGUCAAGGAGGACAACACCGAGAUCAUCCUGGACCCACAACAGAUCAAGAUCAAGUACCUGAGGAGCUGGUUCGUGGUGGACUUCAUCUCCUCUAUACCUGUGGACUACAUCUUCCUCAUCGUGGAGACACGCAUCGACUCAGACUUCUACAAGACGGCCCGGGCGCUGAGGAUCGUCCGCUUCACCAAGAUCCUCAGCCUGCUCAGACUGCUCAGGCUGUCCAGGCUCAUCAGAUACAUCCACCAGUGGGAGGAGAUCUUCCAUAUGACCUAUGACCUGGCCAGUGCCAUGGUGCGUAUCGUCAACCUGAUUGGUAUGAUGCUGCUGCUAUGCCACUGGGACGGAUGUCUGCAGUUCCUGGUUCCCAUGCUGCAGGACUUCCCCCAGGACUGCUGGGUGUCCAAAAACAAAAUGGUGAACGACACAUGGGGACAGCAGUACUCCUAUGCCCUGUUCAAAGCCAUGAGCCACAUGCUGUGUAUCGGGUACGGCAUGUACCCCCCUGUGGGCAUGACGGACGUGUGGCUCACCAUCCUCAGCAUGAUCGUGGGCGCCACCUGCUAUGCCAUGUUCGUGGGUCACGCCACCGCACUCAUCCAGUCUCUGGACUCCUCCCGUCGGCAGUACCAGGAGAAGUACAAACAGGUGGAACAGUACAUGUCCUUCCACAAGCUGCCGGCUGAUAUGAGGCAGAGGAUCCAUGACUACUACGAGCAUCGCUACCAAGGCAAGAUGUUUGACGAGGAGAGCAUCCUGGGAGAACUCAACGAGCCACUCAGAGAGGAAAUCAUUAACUUUAACUGUCGAAAGCUGGUGGCUUCCAUGCCACUGUUUGCCAACGCGGACCCCAACUUUGUGACCUCCAUGCUGACCAAGCUGCGCUUCGAGGUGUUCCAGCCCGGAGACUACAUCAUCAGAGAGGGCACCAUCGGCAAGAAGAUGUACUUCAUCCAGCACGGAGUGGUCAGCGUUCUCACCAAGGGCAACAAGGAAACCAAGCUCUCAGACGGAUCCUACUUCGGGGAGAUCUGUCUGUUGACGCGGGGUAGAAGAACAGCCAGCGUCAGAGCAGACACCUACUGCCGUCUGUACUCUCUGUCUGUGGACAACUUCAACGAGGUCCUGGAAGAGUACCCCAUGAUGAGACGGGCCUUCGAGACCGUGGCUCUGGACCGGCUGGACCGCAUAGGGAAGAAGAACUCCCUCCUGCAGCACAAGGUGCAGCACGACCUGAGCUCCGGCGUUCUCAACUACCAGGAGAACGAGAUCAUCCAGCAGAUUGUGCAGCAUGACAGAGACAUGGCCACCUGUGCCCACCUCCUCCAGAACAUUCCUCCACCUCAGCCCCCGUCUCCGGGGCACACCCCCGUCAUCUGGGCUCCCCUCAUCCAGGCACCCCUGCAGGCUGCUGCCGCCACCACCUCUGUGGCCAUCGCCUUGACGCACCACCCCCACCUCCCACACCUCCCCGCUGCGCUCUUCCGCCCACCGGUCACGGUCCUGGGCUCCAGGAACCUCCAGGACCCUCCCCCCGGCCGGCUGAAGAAGUUCCACACGUCGGCGCCCACCUCCUUCAUGGGACCUGACUCCCCCUCCAGCACCCCAUCUAAACUGCACUGCUCUGGGAUGGACACAGCCCUGCUGGCCUCCUUCCGGGCCCACCACACGACUCAGGGGUCAGGGGCAGCCAGCUCCAGUCAGCAGGCGUCCAGCAGCAGUGGAACCCAGCCUGGGCCUAGUGGGGCCUCCGCCUUUCCCUUUGGGCCUUUCUCCUCCUCCGGGGGCUCUCCUUCCCACAGCACGGCCCAGCUCCAUUCACAGCCCCAGACGCAGCAACCAUUCCGCUGCACCACCCCGCCUCUCGCUGCCCUCUUCCAGCAGGGAGCUGUGGGGGGAGCAGGGAUGGGUGGAGCAACAGGGGGAGCUACUGGGGGGGCUACAGGUUGGUCUUCAGGAGGCGCUACUGAAGGUGAAGUAGGAGGAGCAAUAGGAGGGGCUGAUGAGAGGGCCACAGGUGGGACAAUAAGAAGGGCCACUGGUUGGGGUAGACGUGGAUCUAUAGAAGGAUAUACCACUGGAGGGCAUAUAGGAGGAGCCACUGGGGGGUACUCAGGAGGGGCUAGUGGUGGGCACAUUAGAGGAACUAGUGGAGGCCAUAUAGGAGCUACUGGUGGAGCAAUGGGAGGGGCAGCUGGAGGGCAUAUAGGAGGGGCAAUGGGAGGGGCUAUAGGUGGAAUGACAAUUGGAGUUCUGGGUACCUCUAGUUCUGGUUGUAGUAUCAGCCCCCAGUCCACUGGUUCAUCCGGCAACAUUCAGUCCUGUCAACUGCUCCACAGCCAGCUGCCCCUAAAUCCUCCACAGGUGGGCUCCCAGCAGCAGUUUGCAGGUGGGGGCAGGACUCCUAGUGCAUUCUACCACUCCCCCCCUCCAGGCUCCCCAUCCUCCUCCUCCACCCAGCAGGCCCCAGAGGGUUCCCCAUCUCCCCUGGCCCAGUUCAGCCUGGCAGGCUUACAGUCUGGACUUCAGUCUGGCCUCCAGUCUGGCCUCCAGUCUGGCCUGGUCCCUCAGCUGUCCCUGGAGAGGUCUGCCCUGGCCUCGUUGGCCCAGUACGGCUCAGCUAACGGCUCGCCCUGCUACACCCCCCUCGGGCCUAGCCCCACGGUCCAAAGCCCAGUCACAGGAAGGACUUUCCACUACAGCGACUCCUCCAGUGCCACUGGGUCCCACAGCUCUCUGCUCAUGCCCCAGACCUCCCUCCCCAGCCAGCAGCACGCAGCCGGCAGUGAGUCUCUGCUGGGGCUGGGCAGCUUCUCUGAGGAUAUGAAACUAUUGUCCUGUUCUAACCCCUCCCUGCCCCAGGAUGUGGCCCAGGCCAUGGGAUACUCCUCACUCCCACGUUCCUCACCCUCUCGCAGCUCGCCCCCACGCUCCUCACCCCCUCGCAGCUCGCCUCCACGCUCCACACCCCCACGCUCCUCCAUGGAGCCAGGAUACUGUCUCUCCUCGCCCUACUCCUCCCCCAUCCUAGUGCCCAAACCCUGUAGCUCAGUGUCAGGACACAUGGCUCCUCCUGUCCCUGCCCAGAUGUCUCCAGGACACCUGCAGCACCAGACUCAGACCCCCGUGGCCUCCCCGGCCCUGCCGCCACGGAAAGGCUCGGCAGCCCACUCUGAACUAGAACCUGUCCGCUCCAAACUAACCUCCAAUUUGUGAGGUUUGAUCACACCCUCCCUGGACUAGUACACAAACAAUCUUCCUGUAUGAUGUCAUUCUCUUCUAGGUUUCACUGUGUUCUAAUCGUUAUCAUUUCCACCAUCUUAAUAUUACUGUGAUUUAAAAGAUGACACUUAACCAGGUAACUUCGAGCUCCCUAGACAACCACCCUGUCUUUGUUUUUGUUUUGUUUCUCCCUUUUUUAAUCAUACGUAUAUACAUAGAAAUAUAUUUAAAAGAUAUGCUAAUCAAGGGACAGGAGGGUGUGAACAGAAAAUGAAAUCCAUUUAAGAGAUGGUCAUUUCUUUCUUUCUAACUAUGCCAAAUUCAUAUGAUGGGGUUUGGUUUGAUGGUUAGAUGGACAACACAAUAGUACUUUUUUGCAGGAACCUAUGCACUAAUACCUGCAUGUAUAGAUGCUUUUUUGUGUGUUUUAAAAGAACAGAAUCAACCUUUUCAGUGGAAAAUACAUGCUUCAAUAAGAGCAGACUGACUUAUUUUUUCAUUCCAUACAGGAUCACAUGUUGUUGAUCCUUAAUCAACUAUUAUCGAUUAGAUUACUUAUUUAUCCACUGUAUAGACUUCACGAAACCUUCCGAGGUGGAGAAGAGAUUUUAGGAAACCAAAAAUAAUUUGCCUCCCCUUUGACCUGUGUGUUGUUGUAUUGUCGUAAUAUUGGGGGGUGUUGAGUGGGCUACAGGCCCUCCAUCCCUGUAGUGAGACAGACAUCAAGUAUGAUGUGUUAGUGAUAGGCGUCCUGCAGUGUCCUCAACCCUGUCCUAACAAAUUCACUUUGUCUUCCAAGCUCAACAUGCCGCAAAUGUUUUGGAUGGACAAGGACAAGUUGAGCCCUGCAAUCUGUGUGCUAGUGGACAGAGUGUGUGCAUUUAUGUGUGUGUGUGAUAGUGACUGAGUGUGAGUGUGUGUUUGAGUGAUUGUCUGUGUGUUUAAGAGAGAAAGAGAGUGAGAGUAGUCUAAUGCAGGAGAAGAUUAACCAAGGAGGGUUUUGCCUUUUCACAAAACUAGGACUACCAUCCCAGCUUGUGUGUGGAGUUGUGUACCUCCAGGACUCUUCAAUCUCUCAAUGCUAGAAAACACUACACUCACUAGUGCUCCCAGAGCCGUCAAUCACACAUACUUCACAGUCAGAUAAUGUAGUGAACACACAGGAAAUAGACCAUUUGGACAUAAGCAAUUACGUUUGUUAUUGUAAUAAUAUCAUAUACCUGUUGAAGUGCUGCUUGAUAGAAAAGAUCUUACCACUCCAUAUUACUACCCACAGCUGCUAGACGGUCAACGUAGACAUUCUCCCACAUUGACUGCCAGUGUUGAGUUGAACAUGUUGAAUGUAUGCGCGUUUCAUUAAUUUUUUAUUUUGAAUAAAUAUGGGUCAUGCGGUUUUACAUCAAGGAGGUACAGACAGAAAGACGGGUCGUGACGGAAUAAAAAUGGUAGUUGUGGACAAUUUCAUAGACCUGUAUGUUGAGGUUAAUCCCAGCGGACAAGAAUGGUUGAAAUGACGUCAUUCCAGCCAGAUAGCAUGACUUCAUUUCAACCAACCAGCUGUAUGCCUGGCUGUGUGUUCUGGAUAGAUAGGUAGCAGUAAUCACCUCUGCUUCUCUCCACAGCCCAUCCCUCUCCUGCUCUCCUGCUCAUCAUAAGGAGCAGCAUGUUACCCUGGGUUCAGACAGCUGGGUCCAUCUCUAUCUCAGUCACACCACUCAGCCACAACACUCUUUUUUAACAACACAGCCCCUGACCUCUGACCCGUGUAGGCCAGCAUGGGCUAGUUGACAGAAGUACACGGUGACCACACUCUAGUCCCUCAUUACUACCUCCCUCAGCAGGCCUGUAUCAAGGGCUAACCACACACACACACGCACGCACACACACACGCACACACACUCAUGCACAUGCAUACACACACACAAGCCUUGGCAGUGCAAAUUGCAGUGUUGAAUUGAAUUCAUUUGAACAGAACAGUAAGAUUUCUAUUAAUUAAAAGGGCUUUUAAAAUGAGUUCUGUUCUCCUAUUGGAGUGAAUGCAGAUCUAAAGUAUCGGUUUUAAAUCAUCUCUCUUUCUCUCCCUCCCUCUGUUUGUUGUUGUUGUUUUACACCUGGUCUUCUUCUGCAGCGAGGCGCUAUCUAUCUAGAAAUAUCUGAAAUAUUUAUUCAGUCUGUGUCUGUCUGGCAUGUGGCACAUGACUCCCUGACAGGCCGGAUUGACGGUUGGAAACCCACAGACAUCACCUCAGACAGACAGACAGACAGGGAUUUAUUCUCUCAGAUAGAACACUCAGCAGCGUGAUUGGCUGGACACAGGGAGGGAACAGGGAAGUGAUCACCUCCAGCAGAGGAAUAUUAUUGUCUGUAGUGUUUACAGUGCAAUCGUUAAAGACUGUGACUGCUGGAGCUGUUAAAACACGAAGCCAAUAGACUGCCGUGGCUGUUUCACAUCUGAACAAAAAAACAACAAGAACCUCAACCGGUUUGUUUAUUUUCCACAAUAUGACCUUAUUAAGUCCAAGAGUUGGGAAAUGUGACUACUUUGGAUCGGGGUUGAGGGAGCUAGUGGUUGAGACAGAGGAGUAAAUGUGAGGAGACACUGAUAGAUUGGAGGAAUGACGUGGUUGGACAGACGGUCAGGGCGCUGACAGGUAGACAGCCAGCCCAUGGGGUUCGCAGGCUGACGAGCUGCUUGUUUUCUGGGGGACGUUGAAGGCAUGUCAACCCUGCCUUAUGAUUGUUCCUGAGCGCUGGUGUAGGUUUGUGGGAGGGAGGAGGAUAUUGAUUUGUGGGUAUUUGAGGCAGCUUUUGGGUGUUGCUAAGGUAAUGGUGUGUGUGCCUGUGCAUUUGUACAUGUGUGUCUGUAGGAGAGAUCGAAACCCAGCGUUCUCAACCCAGUGCCAGGGUCGAUGUCUGGGAGUGGUCGGUGUCUGAAGAUGGGUGGGCAGGGGAGGUACAGGUCAUGGCUUAAAGAGAGAUAGGCACAAGACAGUGAUCGAUUAGCUGGGUCUGGACCUGACCUGGAAGACCUGGGCCAUUAUCACACAUAAGGACGUGCAUAGUGUGUCAAUCAUUCCAGUCUGCCGCUGUCAUUCAGGGAGCUGUCAGUGUCCCAUCUGAAUGUACAUGACUCUGUCUCUCACCUAGGCCACACCUCCCUAACACUGAACUGUCUGGUCUUCCUUUGAUGCUAUUUGUUCUUCAAGUGGAUUUGGUUAUCUUUGGCCAUGUCUACACUUAACACUUACAUGCAACUUCUGCUAUCAGGAUAGGAAGAUCACAUUGAAAAGACGGGUCUAGAUGCACAAAAGUCCCAUUGUGGCCCGAUUGUGUUCAGAUCUGCCUGACCACUUCAGGAGGUGGUCAGGGAUGUAUUGUGUGCUGAUUUCUCCUCAGUCUGGACACAAUCAGGCUACCGAAAGUGCAUACAGUGGGCGACGUCAUCAGCAAUCUGCCCACAAGUCUCCAGAAAACGUGUGUUUUGGGUGCGAGAGGUGCCAGCUAGAUAAAAUAAAAAUAAACGCAAUGUUUUGUUUGGCUAGAGUUAUGCUAACCCGUUUGCAAUCGCUUUAGCUUUGCUAGCUAGCUUGCUGGUUAGUUACAGAGGUUAGUAGGCUAGCUACAGUAGUUGGCUACUGCCAUCAAGUUGUUUUGUUAAUAUCAGAUUUAGCCUGUUCCAACAUUUGCAGAAUGUAUACCGCAUUUGAAUAUAGGGAAAAGGGAACCCGGACACAAUGUGGACACGGUAGACAUUUAAAUGUAGGUGUAGAGGUAUGAGGUGUUCAGAAUUGAUGAGAACUCCAUGAUCAGAAUACAAAAGCUGCAUGAACUGUCAAGUCUAGACAUGGCCUUUGAUUAAUUGCUGCUGAUAAAUGUGUAGCUUUCUAUAGAUUGUCUUUAAGGAUGUCUGUGGGGAACAGAGGCAAGCAGGCAUACCAACUUCAUGUCCUUGGAGAUUUCAGAGCUCAUCCAUAAAGACCAUCUAUAGUAGACUAUAAAUAGACUUCAUUCUACCGUGUUUGAAUUCUACAUAUCAGAGACUGACUCAAUAUACAGUAGAGCUAUUUCCAUUCCAUUUCCCUUUUACAUCCGUCCAACAUGGGAAGGUUGAUGUGUUGUGGAAUGCCAGAGAAAGCAUAUGAAGGACAUAUCAAGGACAGUGAGAGCGUGGCAACUAAAGACUACUCAAUCCAAAUACAAACCGCUCCUCCAUUCUGAAUUCAUUUCAGGGUAGGCAGAUAUAACCCUUGGAUGUUGUCUUUCUGUAAUUCAGUAAAAACAGACCAAACAAGUUUAUUGUAGAAUGGCAGGGUGGAAGUUCAUUCUCCUUCCUUCUGCCUGCAGAUGUAUGUCAUUGUGUUCACCUCUGUCCAGAUCACUCCAGGGCCUUAGUGUGUUAGCAUGCUCUGGUCCUAGCACUAGCCAGGGCUGGAGAGCUGGAGGAAGUGGAGGGAAUGGGAUUCUGUGCUGCUGUUGUAGUGCUUCAUCCCGGACUCUUGUCUGUAUGGGAGACUUGGAGAAGCUUCUCCUGGCAUACCCAGCAGCAUUUCCAAUUCAGGGCGGUCUCUGUAACACAACACAUUUUGAUUCCAUUUGGACCACUCCCAAUUUCCGAACCUAAUCUUUGCCUCCCCACUUCCCAUUGUGCUGUAUUACUGGGCCGUGAAUGUGGGUGGGGGAAUCCAGUGGUGCACACUAAAAGGAAAUCAGCUGCAGUGAUUGAGGAUUAGAGGUAACAGCAGCAGAAUUGAACCUGCUAUUUCGGAGGCUGGGAGGAGAGAAACCGUUGUGUUUACUAGACGCCUUCAUAACUCAUUUAGAACCACAGAUUCAUUCUUAACCUUCAACAAACAAACCAUCCCAGCCUAUGUAGGCAUCUGAGGCAGGGACACAUGUAGCAACAUAUUUCAAAUAGAGAAAUCGAAUGUGGUUAAAACUACUGUUUAUGGCAGGGCCUGAUGCAACUGACCUCUUUUCCACUCUACUUCGGUCAGAUAGAAUAACAUGAAAAUGAUGUGAGUUUAAUCCCUAAGUAUGCUGUUGGGAGCAGUGUUAAGGGUGCAACCCGGAUAUGGCCCAGUUUAGUGAGAGUGUAGCAAAUAUGAGUGCGUCAAAUCAAGGAUGGGUGGUACGCAUGAGUGUGCAAUUCAGAACCGCAUCACCUAGCAACACAGAGGCGUCAUGGGUGUUAGUCAAACAAGGCUGCUUUGGAGCAAGACCCUCCAGUCCUCCUCACUGGCUUAGGGGGGAAAGGGCAUACAGUACAUGGAGUGGAGGUGAACCAACCUGCUUCUCUCUCUUACUGUAGCUUUCGUUUUGCUGAACUAUGUAUAUCUCACAUACUCUGAUGAUACUUAGGAUCAUAUGUCAAUGUAUAUUUACGUAUACAGAUUUAUAUAUUUCCAUAGGACCUAUUUAUAUUUCUGUAUUUAUUUUAGAUUCUUAAGUGACGUCAUCAUCACCAUGAUAAAGAUAAGCAAUGUUCACCAAACUGUGUAUGUACAGAUUCAUAUCAUCAUUAUGGUUUUUAAACGAAACACAUUGUUUGCAUUGUAUAAUCUCUUUGACUUUGGUAAUGUGCAGGAGUGGGACAUGACGCGCUACGGUACAUCACUUUCUAUCAGAUGGCUUUGUUCUGUUUUGUAACCGCAGUGACAGUCCCACAGCUCUCACACAGACACAUCUCUGCGGAGGACAGUAUUUUUGACUGCGUUGCUAUUGAUCAAUGGAUAUCAAUAUAUAUUUGCUGUGUUUAAAAUGGGAACCAUGGGAUAUAGCAAUAAGGGAGAUGUACAGGUAUGUUGUGACUGGCUGUGUUUACCAGGCACUGUGCUAUCAGCACGACCAGCGCUGUCCAGUAACAAUGUGGAUGAUGAGAGGGGGGGGGGUGGAACAAAGCAUAAAUGGGGUUGUUGAUAAGCACACAUACUGGAUAAUAUUAAAAAGGUAUCGAAUAAAAUAUAAGGAACAACUGC